AAAAAGUUUUUCGCGAAGCUAGAAAGGCCGAGUAGUUCCGAUUGACGAUUGCCGUGGACGUGAUGAGAUGAGGAAGCUAAAAUAUCUUUUUUGGAAUCCACAGAACUUUGUGACAAACACAGGGAACUGGCUUUUAUGACAAACAAUAUACAUUUAUCAACGACGAUUCAAACAGGUUGGUAGAAUGGAUAGUGAGAAAAAAUACUCAUUUUUCUGUGAUAAGGACUGAUGUAUGUGACACAACAAUGAAACUACACAUGAUUUAGAUAAAUAUUAUGAUAAUUAAUUAUCACCAAAAUGCUGCAGUACCUGUUAUAUUUACCAAACUCGCCCGUUUUCAUUAUUUCAUAUAAUUUGUAAGAGUUGUAGAACUUUGUUUACGUGGCGUCAUCGUAUGAACGGGAAUGUUUACAGAUCUGAUGCUGCUAUUUAUUUGCUUAGGAAAUGUUACCUUAUACUGAAAAACAAAACUUGAGACUUUUGUGGAUGCCCAGUUUCAGGUGGACAACUAUAUCCUAUGGAGAAGGGAUCGAAAUGCACAUGAAGGGGAAUAGUGGCAUAUCUAAGAUCUGAUCUACCAGGUGACAGGAAGAGCUUAGAAGAUUAUGGCAAGCUCCAUUUAUGCAUCGACACCGGAGACUACGAACGCUAACAGAGCUUGCCGUGCUGUACUCGGGCCCUGUACAGAUGGGCUGCGUGACAUACUGCGUCACUAUGUCCCGCCUCUAACAUUUCCUCGCGUUAUCAAACUAAAGAUUCUCAAUCUUCCUCGACUGACUAUAGAUCAGCGUGACCUAAUAUUACCUCGGCAUGGAAGUUAUACUGGGAACUAUGGUGAUAUAGACAUAUCCUUAUUGUAUAUCUUAUUGAGGAAUAUAUCUGGCAUAACUCCUCACUCCAAGGGCUGGGGCAAUGAUCCUGACCCCCGUGACCUGAGUCUCUCGGCUAAUGUUGAGAGAAUUCGAUUCGUCCGGAAUCGUUGUGUUCACAGUUCUGUCCCAUUCAUGUCCAACUCGGACUUUAACUCUAUCUGGUCCACCAUUAGAUCGACAAUGGUAGAGCUGGAUACCUUCCUUAUGAAUGGAAACAAAUUUGAAAAGGCGGUGGAUUUCCUACGUCAUGAGUCAAUGGACCCUGAACAUGACUUACAAUACGAAAAAAAACUGAGGAAGCAGGUGGAGGAAGAUACAAAGACUAGGGAAAUGGUGGUCAACCUUGAGAGUAGGAUAAAAGAAACGUCCGAGGAAACCAGGAGAUUGGAUGGGCGGAUUGAAGACACAUCAGAGAGAGUGGAGAAGUUAGAUGGGCGGAUUGAAGACACAUCAGAGAGAGUGGAGAAGUUAGAUGAUAAAGUGGAGAAACUAACAAAGUCCCCCAUUCCCCCAAAUGUGAGAGAGCAAUACAAUAAGAAAAUUCGGAAAUGGAGAGAGGAAGACAAGCUUUACUAUGAAACCCACAACUUUCCGUCAGUGAUGGAGAAGGUGAAAAACCAACGUUACGUAACGUUUGUUGGUGUGCCUGGGUCUGGGAAGUCUGCCACGGCUCACCACAUUUCCCUCAAGCUCCAGGACGAAGGUUACGAAGUUGUACCAACCAUAGACGUCAGGAAGAUGGAGGACUAUGGUGAUCCCAGUAAUCCGCAAGUUUUUGUUAUUGAUGAUGUGAUGGGUGUCUUUGGACUCCAGAAAACUAAAUUAGAUGUGUUGACUGAUUAUAAAGAGAAUAUAACAGAUUCUUGCAUGGUUAAGUCUAGAACUUUGAUGACAUGUAGAGAGGCUGUGUUCAAUGAGACGCUACCCUACAAACCCUUCCUUACCAAAGAAGAAACGGUGAUUAAGUUACACAGUUCUGAUAAUGCAUUAAAUGACAAAGACAAAAAACAAAUUCUCAAGAAAUAUGGUUUAAAUGUAAAUCUGAUUUCACCUGCAUUGCUGACAUCAACAUCUCGCAUGUUUCCUCUUCUCUGUAAAUUGUUUUCUAAGGAAACAAAAUUCCAAGCUCUUGGUUCAACGUUUUUCCUGAAUCCAGUCCAAUGUAUCAUUGAUGAACUUGAUGAUAUGCAAAGACAUAGCAAACUGAAUUAUGCGGUACUUGUUUUGUGUAUGCUGAAUGAAAACAGUCUCUCAAGAGACAUUUUAAAGGAUAAACAUUGUAUUGAUAAGAAAAUGAAUGUUUCGGAAAACUGCAGAUUAGAGCACUACACUGAUACUAAGUUUAUGGAUGCCUUGUCAGCAUUGGAGGGGACCUACACAAAACAGUGUGGUGUACAAUACACAUUUAUACAUGACUCCAUGUUUGAAAUCUGUGCUUAUCACUAUGGCAAACAGUUUCCUGACCAAAUGUUGCUGUAUAUGAGUAGUAGUUAUAUUGCUAAUUCUGUUAAACCGCAGACAAGUGAACCAGGUAUUGUUAACAAACUGAGAGAGAAACAGAGUGAUUCUCAAUCUAUUGAACGGUGUGAGGGUAGCAAUGAUAGUGAAGGAAAAGAGAAGGAGAGCGAUGAUAAAAACAGUCUGAGAGGGGAAUCGUUUGAUCUGUGUAUAAGGUUACCUGAGGAUCAGUACCCACUGUUAGCAGAGAGAUUGUACAGAGACAUACAGAACAUGGAGCUAUAUGAUGUUUUCAGGAAUCAGGUUUUAAAACACCCCCAGGUGUGUAAGGCUUUUAUUCGUGAGCUAGAAACAAAGUCAAACACAGAAUUAAAAUCUGUGUUUCUGUCCAGUCGGGGAGAGGUAGAUAAGAUAGUGAGUACACGAAAGCGUGUGGAGAAGGAGAGUGAGGAGAGGCUGGAGUUGGGGAGACAGACGGUGCUGGUGGGUCAGAGGGAGAAACGAGAUGAUGAGGGAGAAAGAUUAUGGUUGGAAUACACGUACAAUGUGAGAGUGAUCAGCUGGGUGAUUUACUAUGGACAUUAUCAGAUAAUAGAGUACAUAGUACAACAGACUGAACAACCCAAUGAAAUAAGUGAAUUGUUUUGGGUAACGGGAAAUUCUCCACAUCAAUCUAAAUCUGGGAUAGAUGCAUGUAAUAAACAGGAAAGUGAUAUCAAUAGGCUUGUAGAAGAGUGUAGAUUACUUUUAUUGAGUUGUUAUAGUGGUGAUGUACAGAUUGUCAGAUUUCUGCUUCCUGUCUGUAAGAAAGCAAUAAAUGGGAUAGGUCGGAUCAGAGAAGAUAAUUAUUGGUCUCAUUUACCUCUUACUGCUGCAUGUAAUGGAGGACAUGUAAGUAUAGUGAAGGAGCUGAUGAAGGCGGGGGCUGAUGUCAAUCUACAGGAUAGAUGGGGGAAUACACCACUGCUAGCUGCAUGUAAGGGAGGACAUGUGAGUGUAGUGAAGGAGCUGGUGAAGGCGGGGGCUGAUGUCAAUCUACAGGAUGAUAACAGGAAUACAUCACUGCUAGCUGCAUGUAAGGGAGGACAUGUGAGUGUAGUGGAGGAGCUGGUGAAGGCGGGGGCUGUCAAUUUACAGGAUAGAUGGGGGAAUACACCACUGUUAGCUGCAUGUAAGAGAGGACAUGUGAGUGUAGUGGAAGAGCUGGUGAAGGCGGGGGCUGAUGUCAAUCUAAAGGAUGAUGACGGGAAUACACCACUGCAUGCUGCAUGUAAGGGAGGACAUGUGAGUGUAGUGGAGGGACUGGUGAAGGCGGGGGCUGAUGUCAAUCUACAGGAUGAUGAUGGGAAUACACGACUGCUAGCUGCAUGUAAGAGAGGACAUGUGAGUGUAGUGAAGGAGCUGGUGAAAGUGGGGGCUGAUGUCAAUUUACAGGGUAGACUGAAGAUUACACCACUGCUAGCUGCAUGUAAGAGAGGACAUGUGAGUGUAGUGGAGGAGCUAGUGAAGGCGGGUGCUGAUGUCAAUCUACAGGAUGAGGACAAGAAUACACCACUGCUAGCUGCAUGUAAGAGAGGACAUGUGAGUGUAGUGGAGGAGCUGGUGAAGGCUGGGGUUGACGUCAAUAUACAGAUUACACAGGAGUAUCGUACACCACUGCUAGCUGCAUGUAAGAGAGGACAUGUGAGUGUAGUGAAGGAGCUGGUGAAGGCGGGGGCUGAUGUCAAUCUACAGAUUACCGGUAUAUGGGUGAAUACACCACUGAUAGCUGCAUGUAAUGGAGGACAUGUGAGUGUAGUGGAGGAGCUGGUGGAGGCGGGAGCUGAUGUCAAUCUACAUGAUAAUAUGGGGAAUACACCACUGAUACUUGCAUGUAUGAGAGGACAUGUGAGUGUAGUGAAAGAGCUGGUGAAGGCAGGGGCUGAUGACAAUUUACAGGGUGAUAUGGGGAAUACACCACUGCUAGCUGCAUGCAAGGGAGGAUAUGUGAGUGUAGUGAAGGAGCUGGUGAAGGCGGGGCUACAGGAUAAUAUGAGGAAUACACCACUGAUAACUGCAUGUAAUAGGGGACAUGUGAGUAUAGUGAAGGAGCUGGUGAAGGCGGGAACUGAUGUCAAUCUAAAGGAUGAUGACGGGAAUACACCACUGCUAGCUGCAUGUAAGGGAGGACAUGCGAGUGUAGUGGAAGAACUGAUGAAGGCGGGGGCUGAUGUCAAUCUACAGGAUAAUAUGAGGAAUACACCACUGCUAGCUGCAUGUAAUAGAGGACAUGUGAGUGUAGUGGAAGAGCUGAUGAAGGCGGGGGUUGAUGUUAAUCUACAGGAUAGACAAAGGUCUAAUACACCACUGAUAGCUGUAUAUGAGGGGAGACAUGUGAGUGUAGUGGAGGGCCUGGUGAGGGCGGGUGCUGAUGUCAAUGGACAGGAUGAUGACAAGAAAACACUACUGCUUGCUGCAUGUAAGGGAGGACAUGUGAGUGUAGUGGAGGGGUUGCUGAAGGCGGGGUCAGAUGUCAAUCUACAGGAUAAUAUGGGGAAUACACCACUGAUAGCUGCAUGUGAGAAAGGCCAUGUGAGUGUAGUGGAGGAGCUGGUGAAGGCGGGGGCUGAUGUUAAUUUACAGGAUAGAAAGGGGUAUAAUACACCACUGAUAGUUGCAUGUGAGGGGGGACAUGUGAGUGUAGUUAAGGAGCUGGUGAAGGCGGGGGCUGAUAUCAACCUACAGGAUAAUAUGGGGAAUACACCGCUGAUAGCUGCAUGUAAGGGAGGACAUGUGAGUGUAGUGGAGGGGCUGGUUAAGGCGAGGGCUGAUGUCAAUCUACAGGAUAAUAUGGGGAAUACACCACUGCUAGCUGCAUGUGAGGGAGGACAUAAGAGUGUAGUGGAGGAGCUGGUGAAGGCGGGGGCUGAUGUUAAUCUACAGGAUGGUGACGGGAAUACACCACUGCUAGCUGCAUGUAAGGGAGGACAUGUGAGUAUAGUGAAGGAGCUGGUGAAGGCGGGGGGUGAUGUCAAUGUACAGGUUGAUAUGAGGAAUACACCACUGCUAGCUGCAUGUGAAGGAGGACAUGUGAGUGUAGUGGAGGAGCUGGUGAAGGCGGGUGCUGAUGUCAAUCUACAGGAUGAUGACAGGAAUACACCACUCUUAGCUGCAUGUAAGGGAGGACAUGUGAGUAUAGUGGAGGGGCUGAUGAAGGCGGGGGCUGAUGCCAAUGUACAGGAUAAUAUGGGGAAAACACCACUGAUAACUGCAUGUAAUAAAGGACAUGCGAGUGUAGUGAAGGAGUUGGUGGCGGCAGGGGCUGAUGUCAAUCUACAGGAUAGUGAAGGGUAUCCACCACUGAUGUCUGCAUGUAAGGGAGGACAUGGGAGUGUAGUGAAGGUUCUGGUGAAGGCGGGGGCCGAUGUCAAUCUACAGGAUAGACGAAGGAUUAAUAAACCACUGCUAGGUGCAUGUAAGAGAGGACAUGUGUGUAUAGUGAAAGAGCUUAUGAAGGCGGGGGUCAAUGUCAAUCUACGGGAUGAUCACUGGAUUACACUACUGCUAGCUGCAUGUAAGAGAGGACAUGUGAAUGUAGUGAAGGAGCUGGUGACGGCGGGUGCUGAUGUCAAUCUACAGGUUGGAGAGAGAUAUACACCACUGAUAGCUGUUUGUUAUAAAGGACAUGUGAGAUUAGUGGAGGAGCUGGUGAAGUCGAGGGCUGAUGUCAAUCUACAGGAUAAGAAAGGGAAUACACCACUGAUAGCUGCAUGUAAGGGAGGACAUGUGAGUGUAGUGGAGAGACUGAUGAAGGCGGGAGCUGAUGUCAAUAAACAAGAUAAUAUGGGGUAUACACCACUGAUAGCUGCAUGUGAGGGAGGACAUGCGAGUGUAGUGGAGGAGCUGGUAAAGGCGGGGGCUGAUGUCAAUCUACAGGGUAGACUGAGGAAUACACCACUGAUAGCUGCAUGUUAUAGAGGACAUGUGAGUGUAAUAGAGAAGCUGGUGAAGGCGGGGGCUGAUUUCAAUCUACAGGAUAAUAUGAGGAAUACACCACUGAUAGCUGCAUGUAAGGGAGGACAUGUGAGUGUAGUUGAGGGACUGGUAAAGGCGGGGGCUGAUGUCAAUCUACAGGAUGAUGACGGGAAUACACCACUGCUAGCUGCAUGUAAGGGAGGACAUGUGAGUAUAGUGGAGGAGCUGGUGAAGGCGGGGGUUGAUGUCAAUCUACAAGAUAGUAUGAGGAAUACACCACUGCUAGCUGCAUGUAAGGGAGGACAUGUGAGUAUAGUGGAGGGAGUGGUGAAGGCCGGGGCUGAUGUAAAUCUACAGGAUGAUGAAGGGAAUACACCACUGCUAGCUGCAGGUAAGGGAGGACAUGUGAGCAUAGUGGAGGGACUGGUGAAUGCUGGGACUGAUGUCAAUCUACAGGAUGAUGACGGGAAUACACCACUGCUAGCUGCAUGUAAGGGAGGACAUGUAAGUGUAGUGAAGGAGCUGGUGAAGGCGGGGGCUGAUGUCAAUCUACAGGGUGAUUACACGAAUACACCACUGAUAGGUGCAGUAAGAAAGUGUCAUUUAUCAACAGUGAAAUGUCUAGUGGAACAUGGAGCUGGCUUGGUUAUUCAGGAUGUUGAUAUCAAUGUGUCAGCAGUAUAUAAAGCAUUAAUACUGAACAAAUCAGAUAUAGUGAAAUAUAUCAUACAGGAACAAAAUAGAAUCAUUCCUGGUAAAUUUAAUGGAAAUGUACACCUACUUAACUGUCUGGUAGAUAUCAGACAUGCUGGAGUUAAAACAGACAGUAGGGAUGAAGUGGUGGUGACAGACAGAUCAGUGUGGUCUAUGGAUAGAGGGGGAGAUUUGUGUAAAACAAUCAGUAAAGGAGACUGUGAUGUACUGAGACGUCUGUUGUGUGUGGGUCUGGAUGUCGAUCAGUCGAUACAGUUUUAUGGUAAGUACAAUAAGUCUGAUGUGAUACCUCUGUUGUAUACACUUAUUGAUGAGCGGUAUGGUGUUAGCUAUAGAGCGGGGAAGGCGAGGAUCCUGCUGCAGGCGGGGGCGGACGUCAAUGUCAGGGUAAGGUAUAAAAAGUAUGGUUCUGUGUUAGACAGGGAGGGUGUGUCUGUUCUAGAGAGAACGAGACGACUGCUGUGUAAGCACAGUGAUAGCAAAUAUUGGAUUCUCAGAGACAGAGUGUCGUGGAAAAUUGACAGAAUGACAGAGUACGGGAGAGUGAUGUGUGAGAUAAAGAAACAUGUCAGAAGACACUCUGUAUAGUCCCUGAUAGAAUUGUAGAUUGAUGUUGUUUCUUUUAUAAAAUUACCGAGUAUAAAAUCCAAUAGGUUACUAGCAUAUUUGUACAUUAUACUAUUUAAUGACAGGCCCGCACAUCUCCAUUGUUUAACAUUCAAAAUUCGUAGAAUGCAGUUAUUUACUGUGAAGUCAUUGUAUACAUAAUUGAUUACAAUUAGGUGUACUUCUGUAUAUUGCUUUUAAAAUGUCUCUGUAUAUGUACCAUACAUUCUUAUUAUUAUCUAGUACUUCUGGUACAAUAUAUUGGACGAUUAAACUAAACAAUUAAAAACUUUACACCUG